AUUGAGGGAAGGGAGACUUGAAUUCAGGAUUGCUGUUUUAGGAAAAGCAACGCAUUUUUAGCUGUCUAACGGCCCGCUAGUAUAAAUACCGACUCUCUUGCUGUGGUCAGCCUUGUCGGUUUGGGUCCUGUUGCCUCCGAUUUUUUUUCUUCCAUAUUUUCAAGGAGGGUGGGUACGGGUUUGCCUUAAUGAAGGUGAUUCCGGGCGUUACCAGAUGAGGAAGUGGAAGGUACUGCCGGCUCCAGCAUGCUGGAAAUUGUCGGUGCAGCUCGCAUAUGGAUGGACGGAACCCUGUGCUUGGUACAGGAACAGAGAGCUUGGCCAGAGUCAGAAGACACGCCCUUGCCCUUCCGCUUUUGAGAGACAUACGAGCUGCCUUUUUCUCGGGGAACCUGAGGAGAAGGCUGUAAAUCAACCAAAAGAGCCCAGAGAACUCAUCUUGCCGAGGAAGAGACUCCGGAGGCUGCUGGAAGGAGGUGAACACGGGGAGAGAUGACUUCCAGCUUGCACCCUGCCUAGCAGCAGCGCCAGCGCCCAGCCAGGCCAGGCAGGAUGUGCCACUAGACAGCCAUGGACGGGGCCCACAGCACAGGCCUGCAGCUGCAGCCACUCCCACCCACCAGCAGCUCCGUGAGCCUCAGCAGCAGCGAUGGCCCCUUCUCCUACAAGGAAAACUUGAUUGGCGCUCUCUUGGCGAUUUUCGGGCAUCUUGUGGUCAGCAUCGCCCUUAACCUGCAGAAAUACUGCCACAUCCGCCUGGCAGGCACCAAGGACCCCCGGGCAUACUUUAAGACCAAGACAUGGUGGCUGGGACUGCUCUUGCUGCUGCUGGGCGAACUGGGCGUGUUCGCCUCCUAUGCCUUCGCACCACUGUCACUCAUUGUGCCCCUGAGUGCCGUCUCCGUGAUAGCGAGUGCCAUCAUCGGAAUCAUAUUCAUCAAAGAAAAAUGGAAACCUAAGGACUUUGUGAGGCGCUAUGUCUUGUCCUUUGUUGGAUGUGGUCUGGCCAUCGUGGGCACCUACCUGCUAGUGACAUUUGCACCCAAUAGUCACGAGAAAAUGACAGGCGAGAACAUCGCCAGGCACCUCGUGAGCUGGCCUUUUCUCCUGUACAUGCUGGUGGCGAUCGUCCUGUUCUGCCUGCUGCUAUACUUCUACAAGGAGAAGAAUGCCAACAGCAUCGUUGUGAUUCUCCUCCUGGUGGCCUUGCUUGCUUUGUUGAGAUGGAAGCCCAUGCUACGUGAUCCAUCUGCUCAAGGUUCCAUGACUGUGGUGACGGUCAAGGCUGUGUCAGGGAUGCUGGUGCUGUCCAUCCAAGGCAACCUGCAGCUGGACUACCCGAUCUUCUACGUGAUGUUCGUGUGCAUGGUGGCCACUGCUGUCUACCAGGCCACGUUUUUGAGUCAAGCCUCUCAGAUCUAUGACUCCUCCUUGAUUGCCAGCGUAGGCUACAUCCUGUCCACCACAGCAGCCAUCACAGCAGGUGCAAUCUUCUACUUGGACUUCCUGGGGGAAGAAGCUCUGCAUAUCUGUAUGUUUGCACUGGGGUGCCUCAUCGCCUUCUUAGGUGUGUUCUUAAUCACGAGAAACAGAAAGAAGGCCAUUCCAUUUGAGCCCUAUAUUUCCAUGGACGCCAUGCCAGGUAUGCAGGACAUGCAUGCAAAAGGGACAACGGUCCAGCCUGACCUCAAAGCUUCUUUUUCCUAUGGGGCCUUGGAAAACAAUGACAACAUUUCUGAGAUCUACACCCCGGCCACACUGCCCGUCAUGCAGGAGGAGCAUAGCUCCAGAAGCACCCCUGGGGUUCCCUACCGUGUUCUGGAGCACACCAAGAAGGAAUGAUCUGCCUCCCUUGGGGAUAUGACUGCCCACAGACCACCCAUGGUUCCACCCUUUGUUCAACCUGCCUUUCAAGUAUCCUGGUUUUAAACUGAGAACCCUACAAGAUGAUCUUGGGAGGCCUUUGUCUCUGACAGAAAAGCCGUUCGAUGACCGUGGCCUUGGAAAUUUCAAAUAGUUGGGGAAUGUCCCAGGUGAGCUGUGUGGCAGGUUAGCCCAGUGGGGGUUGAAGCCAUUUUAUCUCCUUGGACGGUCAGUGAGCAUCAGGUGGUGAUUGCAGGCUACCACAUACUCCCUAGCGUAAAAGCAAGAGAGAGUCCACGUGCUCCCUCUUUGCAGAUCCAGCAAAAGGCUGGAACCCUCCCCAAUCGAUCUUCCUUCACCAAACACGCAUGCCUCAGCUCUACCUGGUUCACUCAUGAGUCUAUAGCUCUGACGACUUUGGUGUCCCUUUUAUGGAGCCCAGCAGGGCCAACCCUGAGUGGAAUAAGCUGUCACCUCCACCUUGGUGGUGUACAUGGGCCUUCUGUGAAGACCUGUUGGUGAGUUUCUGCUGGGCCUGUCCUGAAAACUGGCUUGGUUCAAGUCCUGCGAGGACUAUUUCAUUGCUUCCUCCCUCAAGAAGUCAAGAGAACAGAGGGCAAGGAGGACAGGAUGGGGCAGGGGGCUUCAGUCCUCUCUGUUUCAAACUGGUGAGAAAGGUUCCAGGUGACUCCUUUCCCUGUGUCCUCCUGUCCCUGUGUCCUCCUGUCCCUGUGACUCCCCUGUCCCUGUGUCCUCCUGUCCCUGUGUCCUCCUGUCCCUGUGACUCCCCUGUCCCUGUGUCCUCCUGUCCCUGUGUCCUCCUGUCCCUGUGACUUUCCUAUCCCUGUGACUCUCCUGUCCCUGUGUCCUCCUGUCCCUGUGUCCUCCUGUCCCUGUGACCUCCUGUCCCUGUGACCUCCUGUCCAGCCUCACAGGACAUGCUGAAGUCCAAGUAGGACAAGCUACUCUUUAUACAGCACACCUGGCUACUGGGAAGAGUCGGGAGCCCUCAUACAGAUUCACUUCCAUCUCCUCCCUCCUUUCCAUUUAGACCACUAGCUAAGCUUCAUCUGCUGUUUCCCAUCUUUGGGCCACCGGGGUCUCCAGCCCCCAGCUGGGUCCAGGCAGAGCAGGCAUUUUCACACACAGGUCUGCAGCUUUCUUCCUGUCUAUUUCAUGAUUAGCUCCCCUACCCCCAUCCCCAGACCCUGGACCAAUGUGCACAUUUGAGAGUGGCAGGCUUUUAUGGGUGUCAGAAUUCCGUAGGGGUUUGUUUAAAAUGUAGGUUCCUCAUUCCAACUGUAGUGACCUGGUUCAGGGGACCUGGAGUGGACCCUAAGAGUCUCUAUUAUUAGUGGGCAUCACAGGAAAUCUUGAGUCCCAGAACCCAGAGAGCAUACUCCCUCAAAAGUCUUCUCAUGGGCCACUAAAUCCAGAGGGGCUACACACCUCUGCCAGAAGGUUCAAACCUCCAGUUUCUUGCCCUCUCUGGGUUCUGUAGGCAAGCUAGAUGGCCUCAUAGGACCUGCAGCAGUCCCUAUCCGGUGAACACCACUCUAAGGUGACAGUGUUAAUAGGUCAGUGUUGAUAGGCCAUCCUCGUCAUAGCUCUUCACGCGCAAACAGUGCUCUGACUUCAGGACUUUGCCAUCUGCCACAGAGCCUAUAAACACUUCUGUAUUUCAUCUUGACCACGUCUGUAUUGUGGCUUACAUGCCUGAGAUAGAGAUGGCAGCCGAGAAAUGGCUAUUCAGCUCAGCCCCGCAACACCUAUGGGGCUUUUACCACAUGUUUAGCCCACAAAGCUACACAGGUUGUUCUGCCCUCCAGGACUAAGGUGGGAGAUAGACAAUCUUGGGCGGGACUGACUGUGCCACAGAGAAGCACAGAGUCACAGAGGCCCUAGUGGGACUGGUCCCUGAACUCAAAGGGUGUUUAGAAUUGGAGGUGACUUUCAUGCAUUCAUGAAUGGUGGCAAAUGUAGCUAAGAUUAGAGAGUGGGUGAUCACACCCCGCUCCCAAGGACAGGACAGCUUUGCAAAGUCAGAGAUUGGAGCCGGGGUUGUCAAAGAGCCUCAAAAGACAAGCAGUGUGGCUGGCAGUGGUGGCGCACACCUUUAAUCCCAGCACUCGGGAGGCAGAGGCAGGCAGAUCUAAGCUAGUUCGAAGCCAACCUGGUCUUCCAGAGCGAGUUCCAAGACAGCCAGGGCUACACAGAGAAGCCAUGUCCCGAAAAAAAAACAAAGGAAAAAAGAAAACCUGCAAUGGAAGUCAAGUACAGCGCUUCACACCUGUGACCCUAGCACUGGGGAGACUUUUGUCCCCAGGAUUGCCACACGUUUCAGGCUAAUUUGGACUACCAUGUGGGACCCUGUCUCAAAAUAAGAUUAGCAGGGAAGGCAGACUCUGACAGGCUUGAAUAGUUGUCAGAGGCAUGUAACCUAGAGAGUGCAGGAGCCACCGAAGAUUGAUGAGGAAGAGAGUAACAGAGUCAGCACCUAUUGGAAAGGAGACCCUGUUCUGCGACAGGGACAGGGAGAGAUGAGUAAGUCACCCUUCAUGUUCAGGGCCCAGGCCCCUAAGAACAAAGAAUUAAGAUCAGGUUUUGCUUCUGUUCUGAUUUGUAGCUCAGGCUGGUCUUGGAAUCUCAGUCCGCCUGCCUCAGCCUCCAGGGUGCUGGGACUACGGCUGUAUACUACCUUAUCCGACUCCCAUCUGAACUCUCCAGGCAACACUAAAUGCCACACUGCUGCCUCCCUCCCAGCCACGAGGCACUUCCAGCAGGUCAUCAACCAUAGGUUAAAGUCCAUUGUCCUCCUCCCCCACCCCUACUCCGACUCUCUGUUCUGCAGGCCGGAGUUCUGGGUCCCUGAUUAAACAUUAGGACACUUGUUCUUUGCACACUGCUGCUUUAGAAGAGGGGCACCCUGCCCCCACACCCUCACUUUCAGCACCAGGCUUUGGGGGAUGGGUGUGGAACUGAGUGCUGGGUGGGAGAAGAACCCAGGGUUGGUUGCCUUUCCAGUGGACGCAGCCAGCCUGAGGGUACCAUGCAAAUGGAUGCAGGUGGUCAUCAGAGGAGGACUGGGCCCUGCCUGCCCUGCAGUCUUGCAAAUUUCAAAUGUGACCCAACCUAACUGACACUGAAGCACCCUGUAAAUAAAGUCACUCUAGAAUAUAGUCUAUAGAUGCUUAUAUUUUGUUAACAUCAAAACUAAUACAGCAUGUGUUAGUUCACAAAAAUGUGUGUACUGUGUGCAGAUAAUGUUAUAAAGUGGUAUUUAAAUAAAAUUCCAAGAGGUA